AUGGGUGCUCCUGGGGACCAUGGGCACCGCCUGCGCAUCGUAGGGUUGAGCCAUACUACUUGGGCAAAUAGUUUGGAAUCCAAAGAUUAUCUCCAGGUUUGUCUUCGAAUAAGACCAUUUACACAGUCAGAAAAAGAACAUGAGUCUGAGGGCUGUGUAUAUAUGCUGGACUCACAGACUAUUCUGCUGAAAGAUCCUCAAAGCAUCCUUGGUCGGUUAAGUGAGAAAAGCUCUGGGCAGAUGGCACAGAAAUUUAGUUUUUCCAAGGUUUUUGGCCCAGAAACUACACAGAAGGAAUUCUUCCAGGGUUGCAUUAUGCAGCCAGUAAAAGACCUCUUGAAAGGACAAAGUCGGCUGAUUUUUACUUAUGGGCUAACCAAUUCAGGCAAAACAUAUACAUUUCAAGGCACAGAAGAAAAUAUUGGUAUUCUGCCGCGAACUUUGAAUGUAUUAUUUGAUAGUCUUCAGGAAAGACUGUAUACAAAGAUGAACCUUAAACCACAUAGAUCGAGAGAAUAUUUACGGUUAUCACCACACCAAGAGAAAGAAGAGGUUGCUAGCAAAAGUGCAUUGCUUCGGCAAAUUAAAGAGGUUGUGAUGCAGAAUGAUAGUUAUGAUACUCUUUAUGGAAGUUUAAUCAACUCUUUGAAUAUCCCAGAGUUUGAAGAAUCCAUGAAAGAUUGUGAACAAGCUAGCUUGAAUAUGGAUAAUAAUAUAAAAUUUUCUGUAUGGGUUUCUUUCUUUGAGAUUUACAAUGAAUCUAUUUAUGACUUGUUUGUUCCUGUAUUAUCUAAGUUCCAAAAGAGAAAGAUGCUACGCCUUUCACAAGAUGUAAAGGGCUAUUCUUUUAUAAAAGAUCUACAGUGGAUUCAAGUAUCUGAUUCCAAAGAAGCAUAUAGACUCUUAAAACUAGGAAUAAAGCACCAGAGUGUUGCCUUCACAAAGCUGAACAAUGCUUCUAGUAGAAGUCACAGCAUAUUCACUAUUAGAAUAUUACAGAUUGAAGAUUCUGAAAUGCCUCGUGUAAUGCGAGUCAGUGAAUUGUGUUUAUGUGAUCUUGCUGGUUCAGAAAGAAGCAUGAAGACACAGAAUGAAGGGGAAAGGUUAAGAGAGACUGGGAAUAUCAACACUUCUUUAUUGACUCUGGGAAAGUGUAUCAAUGUUUUGAAAAACAGUGAAAAGUCAAAGUUUCAACAACACGUGCCUUUCCGGGAAAGUAAACUGACCCACUAUUUUCAAAGUUUUUUUAAUGGUAAAGGGAAAAUAUGCAUGAUUGUCAACAUCAGCCAAUGUUAUUUUGCCUAUGAUGAAACGCUCAAUGUGUUGAAAUUCUCAGCCAUUGCACAAAAAGUUUGUGUUCCAGACAUUUUAAAUUCUUCUCAGGAGAAAUCAUUUGGACCUGCCAAGUCUUCUCAAGAUGUAUUAUUAGACAUUAAUAAUUCAGUUAAUAAAAUAUUAAAUGUAAAAAGAUCCACAAUUUCAUGGGAAAGUGGUCUGGAAGACGUGGUGGAAGAUGAAGAUCUAAUUGAGGAUCUAGAAAAAGGUGAAGAAAACCGAAGUGUGGAAGCUGAACUUACUGAUGAAGAUCUAGAUAAAACAUUGGAGGAAGAUAAGGCUUUCAUUAGCCACGAGGAGAAGAGAGUAUUACACUAUUAUAUAAGUCAAGUUGUGAAUUUCCUGUUGCAUCCUUUCUGGACACACAUGAUGUCUGAUUUCCCCAUUCUUGGUAAUGCUAAGUUUUGCUUAUUUGUACCCUUGGACUGUAGAAGUCCAAGUAGAUGGAUGAUGGAAACUCUCCUUCAGGAACGAGAGAUACUUGAGGAAAAUGCUGAAUGUCGUUUGGCUAUCUUCAAGGAUUUGGUUGGUAAAUGUGACACUCCAGAAGAACCAGUGAAUGAAGAUUGUGCCAUGAAAGUUGAAACCAAAGAAGCACAUAAUUAUGUAGGAAUUGAAGAUAUUAUUGAAUCUCUUCAAGAUGAUGUCACUGAUAUUAAGAAACAGGCUGAAAUUGCUCACUUAUAUAUUGCAUCUCUUGCUGACCCCCAGGAAGCUAUUGCUUGUUUAGAAAUAAAGUUUAAUCAAGUUAAAGCUGAAUUAGCUAAAACCAAAGAAGAAUUAAUCAAAACCCAGGAAGAAUUAAAAAAGAGAGAAAAUGAAUCAGAAAUUAAUUUAAAUUCAUUGGUUCAAGAGCUUGAGAAAUCUAAUAAGGAUAAGGCUGGUACAUUUUCUUUAAUAAUAAACAAUAAAUUGGUUUCUAAUGAAACCGUUAAAGUGCCUGAGGAUGACAAAACCAAAACUGAUUUGGGAAGAAAAAGAAUAAAUAAAAAUGAACUUCAACUAGAAGAGCCACCAGCAAAGAAAGGACCUAUACAUGCUAGUCCAACUAAAACUGAAGAUGAAAAGAAAAGUGAAGAAAUGCAAAAGAGCGUUUCAGAAGAUGAGGGAGGCAUUAGAAUUUUACAAGAAAAUAGUGAAGAGCUGAAAACAUGUUUACUUACUACCGAAAAUGAACUUAAAAAUGAAAAGGAAGAAAAAGCAGAAUUAAAUAAAAAGAUUGUUAGUUUGCAGCAGGAACUUUCUUUUUCUGAAAAAAAGAGUUUUACUUUAAGUAUAGAGGUCCAACAAAUUCAGUCAAAUUAUGAUAAUGCAAUUUCUGAAUUACAUGUGCAGAGAAGUAUCAAUCAAGAACAGGAGGAAAAGAUUGUGAAAUUGUCAAAGGAAAUAGAAACUGCUAGGAACAACAUCGCAAAUAAUGUUUCACAAAUAAAAUUAAUGCAAGCAAAAAUAGAUGAACUACGAACGCUUGAAUCAGUUUCUCAGAUCUCAAACAUAGAUUUACUCAGUCUCAGGGAUCUGUCAAGUGCUCAAGAGGAUAAUUUGCCGAAUACCCAGUUACACCUUUUAGAGAAUGGUAAUUUGGUAAGUAAGCAGGUAAAAGAAUAUCAUACUCAAGAACUCAGUAGGGAAGGUUCUUUCCACUCUAGUAUUGAAGCCAUUUGGGAAGAAUGUAAGGAAAUUGUAAAGGCCUCUUCCAAAAAAAGUCAUCAGAUCCAGGAACUAGAACAACAAAUUGAAAAGUUACAGGCAGAAUUAAAAGGUUGUAUGGAUGAAAACAAUAGACUAAAAACAGAGGAAAAGGAGAAUAAAAAUCAAGGUGACCUACUAAAAGAAAAAGAAAAUCUUAUACAGCAGCUGAAACAAGAAUUGCAAGAAAAAAACAUUUCUCUUGAUGUUCAAGUACAACAUGUAGUUGAAGGGAAGAGAGCACUUUCAGAACUUACACAAGAUGUUACUUGCUAUAAGAUGAAAAUAAAGGAACUUGAAGCAAUCUUAGAAACUCAAAAAGAUGAAUGCAGUCAUUCAGCCAAAUUAGAACAAGAACUUUUGGAAAAGGAAUCUAUCAUCUUAAAGCUAGAAAGGAAUCUGAAGGAAUUUCAAGCAAAUCUUCAGGAUUCUAUCAAAAACACCAAAGACUUAAGUGUAAGGGAAGUCAAAUUGAAAGAAGAAAUCUCACAAUUAACAAGAAAUUUGCAAGAUGCAAAGCAUUCACUUCAGUUAAAGGAAGAAGAAAAGGAAAGCAACUGGCAAAAAGCAGAAAAGUUGAAAGAGGAGCUAUCUGCAAGCUAUGCUCUUACACAAAAUCUGAAAGCAGAUCUUCAGAGGAAGGAAGAAGAUUAUGCUGAGCUGAAAGAGAAACUCGCUGAUGCCAAAAAACAGAUUGAGCAAGUACAGAAAGAGGUAUCUGUAAUGCGUGAUGAGGAGAAAUUACUGAGGAUUAAAAUUAAUGAACUGGAGAAAAAGAAAAACCAGUGUUCUCAGGAAAUAGAUAUGAAACAGCGAACCAUUCAACAACUCAAGGAGCAGUUAAGUAAUCAGAACGUGGAAGAAACUAUACAACAGUAUGAGAAAGUGUGCAAAGAUCUAAAUGUUAAAGAGAAAAUAAUUGAAGACAUGCGAAUGACCCUGGAAGAACAGGAACAAACUCAGGUGGAACAGGAUCGAGUGCUUGAGGCUAAGUUAGAGGAAGCUGAAAGACUGGCCACAGAAUUGGAAAAAUGGAAGGAAAAAUGCAAUGAUCUGGAAGCCAAAAGUAAUCAAAGGUCAAAUAAAGAACUUGAGGAUAACACCGAUGUACUUAGGGAAAAGCUCAGUAAGCUUCAGGAUGAGUUACAGGAAUCUGAACAUAAAUAUAAAGCUGAUAGAAAGAAAUGGCUAGAAGAAAAAAUGAUGCUUAUCACUCAGGCAAAAGAAGCUGAGAAUCUCCGAAACAAAGAGAUGAAAAAAUAUGCUGAAGACAGAGAGCGUUGUUUAAAACAACAAAAUGAAGUGGAAAUACUUACAGCACAACUGGCAGAGAAAGAUGAGAACCUUCAGAAGUGGCGAGAAGAACGGGAUCAACUGGUUGCAGCUUUAGAAAUACAGCUGAAGGAACUGAUCUCCAGUAAUAUACAGAAAGAUAAUGAAAUUGAACAAUUAAAAAAGAUCACAUUGGAGCCUCCUGAAACAGAAGAACAAAAUGUGGAUAUCAAGCCUACACAUAUGAGUUCAAUGGAUCCUGGCAGAGUUGAAACGGAACCUCAAUCAACAAGUUUUGAAACUUCUAGAAAUGAAGUAGAGGAUGGCUCUGUAGUCCUUGACUCUUGUGAAGUGUCAACAGAAAAUAAUCAAACCACUCGAUUUCCAAAACCUGAGUUAGAGAUUCAAUUUACACCUUUACGGCCAAACAAAAUGGCAGUGAAACACCCUGGUUGCACUUUACCUGUGACGGUUAAGAUUUCCAAGGCCCGGAAGAGGAAGAGUAAUGAAAUGGAGGAGGACUUGGUGAAAUGUGAAAAUAAGAAGAACGCUACACCCAAACCUAAUUUGAAGUCUCCUGUUUCUGAGCAUAGAAAUUCUUCUGUCAAAAAGGAACAAAAGGUUUCCACACGUCCAUCAUCUAAGAAAACAUACUCUUUACGUAGUCAGGCAUCCACAGUUAGUACAAAUGUGGCCACUAAGAAAAAAGAAGGAACAUUACAGAAAUUUGGAGACUUCUUACAACAUUCUCCAACAAUUCUUCAAUCAAAAGCAAAGAAGAUAAUUGAAACAAUGAGCUCUUCAAAGCUCUCAAAUGUAGAAGUAAGUAAAGGAAAUAUGUCUCGACCAAAACGGGCCAAACGGAAAUUGUACACAAAUGAAAUUUCAUCUCCUAUUGAUAUAUCUGGGCAAGUGAUUUUGAUGGACCAUAAAGUAAAGGAGAGUGAUCAUCAGAUUCUCAAACGACGACUUCGAACUAAAACAGCUAAAUAAAUCACUUACGGAGAAUGUUUUAAUAUAAGUUUUAUGUUCAUAAUCAUUGUAACUUGCAUCCUGACUUUUCAAAGAUAAUCGUAUAUAUUAUGAUGCAUUAAAUCCUGUGUAUACAUUGCUAUUUUAUACAUAGUAUAAUUUUAAUUCAAUAAAGACAAUAAGUCAACAGCC